CGGGGGCUGCCGGGAGAUCGCGUCGUCCAUGACUGGUUACCUCAGGCACACAUUUUAGACACCGAUUUCAGGAUAAUUGCACACCGGGACAUCGCUCCAGAGGUGAAGGCGAAGACCGUUAUCUUUUCAGCGACUGCCGGGGCUUGGCGUUAGUGAAGGAUGAUUGUGUUCGGGGGCGUCUCGGCCAGCAUACAGAAUAACCGGCUCAGGGCGGACGGCAUGGGCUCCAAGGAGCAGGCGGUGCGCUUCCUCAACCAGGACUACGAGGCCCUGCGGCAGCAGUGUCUGGAGGCGGGGACUCUGUUCGAGGACCCCUGCUUCCUCGCCCAGCCACAGUCUCUGGGCUUCAAGGAGCUGGCCCCCCACUCCUCCAAAACGCGCGGGGUGCAGUGGAAGAGACCCACGGAGUUUACGGACAGCCCACAGUUCAUCAUGGGUGGAGCUACGAGAACCGACAUCUGCCAGGGGGCCUUAGGUGACUGCUGGCUCCUGGCCGCCAUCGCCUCUCUCACGCUGAACGAGAAGCUGCUCCACCGGGUGGUCCCUCACGGCCAGAGCUUCCAGGACGACUACGCCGGGAUCUUCCACUUCCAGUUCUGGCAGUUUGGAGAGUGGGUGGACGUGGUGAUUGACGACAGGCUGCCCACCAAAGACGGGGAGCUGCUGUUUGUCCACUCGGCCGAGGGGUCUGAGUUCUGGAGCGCCCUGAUAGAGAAGGCCUACGCCAAGCUGAACGGCUCGUACGAGGCCCUGUCGGGGGGCAGCACCACGGAGGGGUUUGAGGAUUUCACGGGCGGCGUGUCGGAGAUGUACGAGCUGAAGAAGGCCCCGCGGGACCUGUACCGGAUCAUCAGCAAGGCCCUGGAGAGAGGCUCCCUGCUGGGCUGCUCCAUCGACAUCACCAGUGCCUUUGACAUGGAAGCUGUGACCUUUAAGAAGCUGGUGAAAGGCCACGCCUACUCUGUCACCGGGCUGAAGCAGGUGAGCCUCGGGGGCAGGGCGGAGCGGCUGAUCCGGAUCAGGAACCCGUGGGGGCAGGUGGAGUGGACCGGGGCCUGGAGCGAUGGAUCCUCUGAGUGGGGCCAGAUCGACCCAGAUGAGAAGGAAGACAUGCACUGCCGCAUGGAGGAUGGGGAGUUCUGGAUGUCCUUUAAGGAGUUCCAGCAGCAGUUCUCUCGGUUGGAGAUCUGUAACCUGACGCCUGACGUGCUCAGUGAGGAGGCCCUGAGUUUCUGGCACACCACCAAGUUUGAAGGCACCUGGAGGAGGGGCAGUACAGCGGGCGGGUGCAGGAACCACCCCAACACGUUCUGGAUAAACCCUCAGUAUAAGAUCACGCUGCUGGAGGAGGAUGAUGACCCGGAGGAUGAAGAGGUGGCCUGCAGCGCCUUGGUGGCUCUGAUGCAGAAAGACCGGCGCAGAUUCCGCCGGCAGGGACAGGACAUGCACACCAUCGGAUUCGCCGUGUACGAGGUUCCUGACGAGGUUCGGGGUUGCCAGAGCAUUCACCUGAAGAAGGACUUCUUCCUGAAGCACUCAUCGUGCGCGCGCUCCGAGACCUUCAUCAACCUGCGCGAGGUGAGCGCCAGACUCCGCCUGCCCCCGGGGGAGUACAUCGUGGUGCCCUCCACCUUCGACCCCCACAAGGAGGCCGACUUCGUCAUCCGCGUCUUCACCGAGAAGCAGUCCCAGACCGAAGAGUUGGACGAUGAAAUUACGGCCGAUUUGGAAGACCAGGAGGAAAUCACAGAAGACGACGUUGACGACUCGUUCAAGGCCAUGUUCGCACAGCUGUCUGGGGAGGACAUGGAGAUCUCAGUCUUUGAGCUCAGAAAGAUCCUGAACAGAGUGGUGUCCAAACACAAGGACUUAAAGACGGACGGAUUCAGCAUGGAGUCCUGCAGAAGCAUGGUUACCCUCCUGGACAAAGACGGCAGCGCUCGAUUGGGCAUCGUGGAGUUCCAGAUUCUGUGGAACAAGAUCCGGAAGUGGCUGGGGAUAUUCCGGGAGUAUGACCUGGACAAGUCGGGCACCAUGAGCUCUUAUGAGCUGCGCCUGGCCUUGGAGUUUGCAGGCUUCAAGCUGAACAACAGGCUGAUCCAGGUCAUGGUGGCGAGAUACGCGGAGAAUGAAACCGUCGACUUCGACAAUUUUGUCUGCUGUGUGGUCAAACUGGAGUGCAUGUUCAGGGCUUUCAAGGAACUUGACAAAGAUGGGACAGGUGUGGCUGAAAUGAACAUUACUGAGUGGCUCCUCAUGACGAUGUGCGGCUGAGGAGGAGAGCCCACCGGAGGACGAAAGGGGGCGGAUCAUCCUGCCAGCACCAGAGCCAAUCGUAGCGCUCAGUUUCUGCUUAACCCACACCCACCCUGCCUUAACUUCCAACCAAUCCAGAAGUGUCUGAGGUCUAAACCACGCCCCCAAGAAUGCCUUACUCUGCUUCAGCAAAGAUCCGUAACACUUUGGUCUUCUCUACAUCACCACUCGCCUUUACACUGUGCAGAAACGCUGUUCUCACAGAGAGCAUUCAAACUGCAUGUAGCAAUACACUACAACAGAGGAUCACUAACCUUCAGGUGACAGAGUGUUAGAAUGGAAGUCGGAGUGAUGCAGGCAGCCCCUGUAAACUUUAGUAUCUUUUCUGUUUGUCUUCCGUAUUCUGUCUUGACUGCAUGCGAUGUAGCUAUGGAACAGUUAGGGAGAGAUUUCUGUGGAAUGUAGGGUAUUUAUUGAAGUAGUGCCAUUCCAUUCAUUCAUUUACAACAUUAUAUACGCAGUUAUGUACCUUAUAUACUUUUAGUGUAGCCCUUUUCUGUAGAACUUCAAAUAUGGUCUAUAAUGAAGAAAAACUAUAUAUGAAGUACAGUGUAUUUCAGGAUUGCAAUGCUAGAGAUGGAGCUGUGGUACAUGAUGAACAGAAACGUUGGCAAUUAUUAAUAGGGAUGUACUUCCCUAUCUUCCACACUGUAGUUACUCUGUUACUUCAAGAAGUACAGUAAUACAACUGCUAACCUGAAAUUCAGCCUAGAAGAGAAACAGAUAGAAAUCCAACGUUGUGCAGAUGUAUGAAAUCAUUUCAGGACACAAAAAAGAGAGAGUAUUUAAAACACCAUGUUAACUAUGUAAAAUCAUAUUGUGUCAUGUCAUCUUAAUCACCAUCCAGAAGCAUUUGAAGGGAACUGUCUCUUGCCAUGAUUUUAUAAAAAAAACAGAUGGGAUCUGAAGCUUAUCAUUUUAUCCAUACCAAAUAUCAAAGUUUCCUCAGAGAAGUGAGCGCUGUGUAAAGACAGCGUUAGUGAUGUAGUACCACUAAUACUGUAAGCCUCUGGUAGUUGAUGAGUUUUUAACAGUUUCCAUUUGAAGUAUGUAAGGCUUAACAUUACUACAUCAUUACCCAAUAAACUGCAUAAAUGACA